AUGGCGCGCGUCUAUGCCGAUGUUAACGAGCAUAUGCCUCGGUCCUAUUGGGACUAUGAUAGUGUGAACAUAUCCUGGGGGGUUUUGGAGAACUAUGAAGUGGUCCGCAAGAUUGGCCGGGGAAAGUACUCCGAAGUGUUCGAGGGCAUCAAUGUCGUCAACUACCAGAAGUGUGUCAUCAAGGUCCUCAAACCGGUCAAGAAGAAGAAGAUCAAGCGUGAGAUCAAAAUUCUCCAGAAUCUGGCGGGUGGUCCGAACGUGGUAGCCCUGUUGGAUGUGGUUCGUGACAGUCAGAGCAAGACGCCGAGUUUGGUUUUCGAAUACGUCAACAACACCGACUUCCGGACCCUGUACCCUCGUUUCACCGACUACGAUGUGCGCUUUUAUGUGUAUGAGCUUCUGAAGGCUCUGGAUUUCUGCCACAGCAAAGGCAUCAUGCAUCGGGAUGUCAAGCCCCACAACGUCAUGAUUGACCAUGAGAAGCGCAAGCUACGGCUCAUCGAUUGGGGUCUUGCCGAGUUCUACCACAAAGGCACUGAAUAUAACGUCCGAGUCGCCUCACGCUACUUCAAGGGCCCUGAGCUGCUUGUUGAUUUCCAGGAAUACGAUUACUCCCUGGACAUGUGGUCCCUGGGCGCGAUGUUUGCCUCCAUGAUCUUCCGCAAGGAGCCCUUUUUCCACGGCCAGAGCAACUCAGAUCAACUGGUGAAGAUCGCCAAGGUACUGGGAACCGAGGAGCUUUUUGAGUACUUGGAUAAGUACGACAUCGAGCUCGACCCUCAGUAUGAUGAAAUACUCUCUCGCUACCCGAGAAAGCCCUGGCACUCUUUCAUAAAUGCCGACAACCAACGCUUCAUCAGCGAUGAAGCGAUCGAUUUCCUUGACAAACUCCUUCGAUAUGAUCAUGCUGAACGGCUUACAGCCCAGGAGGCCAUGGCUCAUCCCUACUUCGCCCCGGUUCGCGCAGCGGAGUCGCAAGCCGCUCGGAACAAUGCGACGUCCCAAUCGUGA